AUGAAGAAGGGAACCAGCUCAAGUCCAUGGGCCCUAUUGUUACUUCUGGCGGGGCUCGUGUCAGCUAUUGCACUCGGGUUCGACUUCGGGAUUGGGAUGGCCUCCGCCCAGGAUGUCAGCCCGAGCCAGUGCAGGGAUGAGAUCCAGCAGGGGAUCAGCGCCUGCCUGCCUGUCGCGAUGGGCCAGCCUCCAUCCCCAGCAUGCUGUGAACGUGUGCGGGUGACACACCCUGAGUGCGUCUGCCCUUACGUGACCUCGGAGGUGGCCACAAUGGUCGAUCCCAAGCGGGCCAAGAAGCUCAUCGAAGGCUGCGGGAGGAAGGUGCCUCCCCACUACAAGUGUGGAAGUCUCACUUUUCCAUGA